GCCCAGCCUGGCCCGGCCGCCCCGCGCCAGCACGGUCGCCGCCAUGUCUUCCGGGGCCAGCGUGAGCGCCCUGCAGCGCCUGGUGGAGCAGCUCAAGCUGGAGGCCGGCGUGGAGAGGAUCAAGGUCUCACAGGCAGCUGCAGAGCUUCAACAGUACUGCAUGCAGAAUGCCUGCAAGGAUGCCCUGCUGGUUGGUGUCCCAGCUGGAAGUAACCCCUUCCGGGAGCCCAGAUCCUGUGCUUUACUCUGAAAACUGUAGGGAAGAACUUUAUUGAAGAAUGCCUUCAAGCACCAAGUGAUGAAUGAAUUCCUCCAAGUCUCAAGUAAACAGUUUUCUAAAUGACUUAGAUAUUUCAGACCUUCUCUGGUCUGGUCCUAUAGGCAAAAUUCUACAGAAAUUAAUGAUUUUUCUAUUCAAAUAAGGAAACCAAGUAAAAGAGUAGGAUUUUAAAAUGAUAAAUGGCUUAUUUCUUUUGCUAAAGUAUUUUGUAUUAAGACAAACAAAAAUCUUACCACCAAAUAUACUAAAAUGCACCUCUUUCAUAAGUGAAAUACUGUGUUGCUAUAUGUGGAAUAUCAUGUAUGUUCUAUUUACUGGAUGUUUACAUUUUAGGAAGAAAACAUUUUUACUAAAAUAAUUGAGUAUUUAUAAUUUGUUGUUCUAAAGAGUUUUAUACUAUAAUAAAAUUUGUUCUUAGGGAUUUAGAAUUACUAAAUGAAGAGAAGGAAGUAUAAAAUUGGGAGAGGAGAACAAGCUUUACUAAUCAAAUGAUAUUCUGGUUUUCUAAAUGAGAUUUUCAUUUCUGAAUGAGAAAAAAUUUUUUUUAACACUAAACUUAAGAGAAGUUUCUUAUCAGACUUGUUUGAAAGGAUAAUGUUAUGUUAGGUUGCCCCAUCUUAUAUAUGAUGUAAACUGAUCUUUUUUUUGAAGUUUCUUUAUACUUUUGCUUGUACUUUUAGUGUCCUUAAAAAAAAUACUUUUCAUGUCCUUAAAAAGAGUUGAAAAUGUGACCUGUAUACAGAACUUUGCAAAUGGUUAAAAACAAGUCAUGUGCAAAGAUCACAAGCUAAAGGAUUUAUUCAUGUCACAAGUGUUUUACUUGGAUUAUGUGCUGUUGAUUGAAUUUGGGAUACUUUUAGAGUGGUCCAUUGUGUUUGUAAAGGAAAUCUUUGAAGAGCUUGAAAAUAAAAGUUUUACCUAAUUCA